CGACGUAACUCAAUCGAGAGCGCAAACCACGCCCAAACGGACACAGACGCCGGUUCUUUCUUGAAGAAGACCGGGGCUGCUCUCACUCAAACUCACUGAAAAUGGCUCUUCACGUACCUAAAGCGCCGGGCUUUGCCCAGAUGUUAAAGGAUGGAGCCAAGCAUUACUCGGGGUUGGAGGAGGCUGUCUUCCGAAAUAUCCAGGCAUGCAAAGAGCUAGCCCAAACUACUCGAACCGCCUAUGGGCCCAAUGGCAUGAACAAAAUGGUGAUCAACCACCUGGAGAAACUCUUUGUCACAAACGAUGCCGCCACCAUUUUGCGAGAACUUGAGGUCCAGCACCCAGCGGCGAAGAUGAUUGUGAUGGCAUCCCACAUGCAGGAGCAGGAGGUGGGUGACGGGACCAACUUCGUCCUGGUGUUCGCCGGGGCCCUGCUAGAGCUGGGCGAGGACCUUCUGAGAAUGGGCCUGUCUGUGUCAGAGGUGAUCGAGGGGUACGAGUUGGCCUGCAGGAAGGCCCUGGAGAUCCUUCCGGAAUGCGUCUGCUCCUCCGCCAAGGACCUUCGGGAUGUGGGCGAGGCCACGGCCUUGAUCCGCUCGGCCGUCAUGAGCAAGCAGUACGGCAACGAGGACUUCCUGUCGCACCUCAUCGCGCAGGCCUGUGUUUCCAUUUUUCCUGAGUCUGGAAAUUUCAAUGUGGACAAUGUCCGGAUCUGCAAGAUACUGGGUUGUGGGUUAAUGUCGUCUUCAGUGUUACACGGAAUGGUUUUCAAAAAGGAAACGGAAGGAGACAUCACGUCAGUCAAAGAUGCAAAGGUUGCAGUGUUUUCCUGCCCGUUUGACUGCAUGGUUACAGAGACCAAGGGCACGGUGUUGAUAAAGAAUGCCCAGGAGCUUGUGAGCUUCAGCAAGGGCGAGGAGGACAUGAUGGAGGCCCAGGUGAAAGCCAUUGCAGAGUCUGGCGCUAACGUGGUGGUCACUGGGGGAAAGGUGGCCGACAUGGCACUCCACUACGCCAACAAGUACCAGCUAAUGGUAGUCCGGCUGAAUUCUAAAUGGGAUUUAAGAAGACUGUGUAAGACACUGGGAGCUGUUGCUCUCCCAAGACUGAUGGCCCCCACCCCUGACGAAAUGGGUCGCUGUGAUAGCGUCUACCUCAGCGAAGUUGGCGAGACCCAAGUGGUUGUCUUUAAACACGAGAAGGAGGACGGGGCCAUCUCCACGCUGGUGAUUCGCGGGGCUACAGAGAACCUGAUGGACGACAUCGAGCGGGCCGUGGAUGACGGUGUUAACACGUUCAAGGUCCUCGUCAGGGACAAACGUCUCCUUCCAGGUGCUGGGGCCACUGAGAUAGAAUUGGCGAAACAGAUCAUGUCUUACGGAGAGUCGUGUCCAGGCCUGGAGCAGUACUCCAUUAAGAAGUUUGCGGAAGCGUUCGAGGCAGUGCCCCGCGCGUUGGCAGAGAACUCUGGGGUGAAGGGCAAUGAGCUCAUCUCUAAACUCUACGCCGUCCAUCACGAGGGGAACAAGAACAUGGGCUUCAACAUCGAGGGUGAGGGUGCAGCUCUGAUGGACGUGCUGGAGGCUGGCGUGCUGGACCCGUACCUGGUGAAGCACUGGGGCAUUAGACUGGCCACCAACGCUGCGGUCACGGUCCUCCGCAUCGACCAGAUCAUUAUGGCUAAGCCGGCCGGUGGACCCAGAGCUCCCAAACAGCAAGGCCACUGGGACAAAGAUGACUGGGAGGAUGAGCCCGAUAAAUUUGACGCACAUUAUUAACUAGAGCCCAAAAAGAUCAUUAUGGCGAAACCGGCCGGCGGACCCAAAGCCCCCCAGGGGAAGAAGGACUGGGACGACGAGGACUGAUUUAGGACCACCGCACCCCUGGAGCCCUCUCCCCUACCCCGAGCCUGUUCCCAUGGUUAUUUAAUGUUCUUCUCUUCCUGGUGUGUUUUUUAUGAUGGCAAUGCCUCAGUAUCACUGUUCCCGUUUAUCUUACGAAUAAAAAAUGCACUUCAGCAGGCCA